AUGACAGGAAAGGUAUCCCUUGUCUUCGUCGCCAUGUUGGCAGCAUUGGCUGCAGCUGCCGUUGAAGUCGACCCCAGCAGACCAGUGCUGUUUGGAACUCAUAGAAUAAUCCCUCGGGCACCCGCUGAACCAGAGGACGGAGGCGAAACGACGCGACUUCCAGUUUGGAAUAGGUUCUCGAUGCGCAAGAACCACAACGUAGCUCAAAAUUGGGAUUUCUUCGGAAUGCGAUAUGUAUCGAAUGCUCAGUUCUACAAACCGGGAGGCCCGGUAUUCCUGUUUGUCGGAGGACCGUGGCCUUUGAAGCAACAUUUGGUAGAACAAGGGCAUUUUGUCGACAUGGCUGAGGAAAUGAACGGCUAUCUGGUCGCUAACGAAAUGCGAUACAUUGGAGAGAGUUUGCCCGAAAUAAAUGCAACUCGUCACAGUAUGAGAUUCCUGAGCACUACGCAACUUCAAUCCGAUUUGGCAAGAUUCAUCGUUUAUCUUCGGAACGAUAUCAUCCGGGACCCAAAUGCAAAGGUAAUCCUGGCCGGAGUUGGGUUCUCUGCUUCCUUGGCCCAAUGGACUCGACAACGUUUUCCACAUCUUGUGCAGGGAGUGUGGUCUUCUAGCGGAAUGGUCGAGGCUAAUUCAAAUUUCAUGGGUUUUGCUGAGCAGCUGGGAGCAAACAUUCGUCAGUUCGGAAGCAACGACUGUUACAGUGCUAUAUGGCGAGGAUUCCGUAUUACUGAGAAUCUCAUUGAUGCCGGACUUUCGGAGACCGUGGACAAGCUUUUCAACGUCUGCCAACCGAUUGAUGCUGGCAAUUCUCUGGAAGUCGAAGCUUUCUUCUAUGGUAUCUUCAAUGAAAUCGUCGAGCAAACCGUUAAUCAUGAUUUGCGUGAUAACAUUCCAACGAUGUGUGAAGCACUGACCGAUAAUAGCCAUCCAGACAGUAUGACUGCAUUGGGAAGCUGGUUGACCAGCCGUUUUCCCGAAGCGGAUUGUCUUGCUAUGGACGUCGAAAGCAUCGUAGAGCACUACGACGUUACGGACUGGCAUGACGCGAUGGUUAAAAGUGGAGAUCGUCAGUGGCUGUUCCUUCGCUGUACUGAACUCGGAUGGCCUCUGACCAGCGAUUCAUCGGACCAGCCGUUUGGAUUCCGUUUUUCGACGAACCUUUUCCACCAGGUCUGCCAACGUCUUUUCGAUGCAUGGCUGUCGCCGGAUGUGUUUGAAUUUCUGGUUGAUCAGACAAAUGACUUCCAGGGAGGAAGACAACCAGAUGUUCGACGUGUUUUCUUUACGCAUGGUUCGCUGGAUCCGUGGCAUUUGACUGGAGUCACUGAAAUGAGAUAUAACAAUACGUACGUUAACAUUAUUCCGGGUGCUUUCCACGGCGAAGAUCUGGCAUCCAUCUCGGACGACGAUCACUUCGAACUGAAGCGAAGCAAACGGCUAGUGACUGAACAGAUUCGCAAUUGGCUUAACACCAGCUAUCCCUGA